GGUGCGCCUAUUGUGUACGUUGUGUGGGUCUUAUACCUGUGGAUGGCUGUAGGUUAAGCUUGUAUUACCUUCUGUGGCCGUCUUCGUGCUUACAUAUGGAGGAGACAGCUCAGUGAUGGAGGUGUAGAGAGAAGAUAGUCUUCCUAACCUCGCACUGAAGGACCCAACACCUCUACCCGGCCCUGAUGCUGCAGCUCUUGACGCUUCAGAACAGUCCAUAGGUUGUCGGCACGUCCACUAAAACCACAUAUGCAGUAUUCACCCACAAGAGGAGGAGGAUAAGGGAGAGAUUGCAGCCGUCAUCACCGUCAAAAUCAACGGCAUCAUCUCCAAUCUCAUCACCACAACUGAAGCAUUAACUCUACUGCCAUCACCACCACUGCUGCUACUGUCCCCAAGCAUAUAUACACAGUCAUCAGAGUCAUUUUUCAUAGAUUUUCGUAGGUUUUUGUGUACAUCAAUUUUUCAACAUAUGACAGCUAGAAAGAUGUAUAUAUCGUCAUCACAAUUGAAGCCUUAACCCUGCUGUCAUCACCACCAUUCCUGCUACUUCUGUUCCUAGCCAGUGUCACCAAUACUCCCUCUGCGGCCAAGCAACACCAGGGGCCUUACUACUAAACAUUUCGUUGUCCAAGAACACGUAUUUAACAAGGCUUUCAUAGGAGUUUGGGACAUUUCCAGAAGUAGUUUUAUGGCCCUGGUGGUAGUGUGACCCUUCCUCAGUGCUGCGAACCUAAAGAAACAUAUACUUAACAAGGCUUUCAUAGGAGUUUGGGACAUUUCCAGGAGUAGUUUUAUGGCCCUGGUGGUAGUGUGACCCUUCCUCAGUGCUGCGAACCUAAAGAAACAAAUAUUUAACAAGGCUUUCAUAGGAGUUUGGGACAUUUCCAGGGGUAGUUUUAUGGCCCUGGUGGUAGUGUGACCCUUCCUCUGUGCCGUGAACCUAAAGAAACACUCACUAGAACCCGACUGACCCUCUCUUUGACCGUUAGAAAUAGGUCAUGUGAGAAGCCAAUAUCGACCCAGAAGUCCACCACCACCUGUCCCAUUGCAGACUGUCCCACCCUUAACAUGAUUCCCUCAGCCCCAGUGCAGCAAAUAUCCAUCAAUUCCAGUUCCUCCACCACCACCACCACCACCACUACCACCACCACCGCCCUAAAUCACCAGAAUGCUACCACUACCACCACUGCCCUAAAUCACCAGCAUACCAUCACCAGUACCACUCCACCAGUACUCCAGAAUCUCACCACCACCUCCACCACUGCCCUAAAUCACCAGCAUACCAUCACAAGUACCACUCCACUAGUACUCCAGAAUCUCACCACCACCUCCACCACUGCCCAAAAUCACCAGCAUACCAUCACCAGUACCACUCCACCAGUACUCCAGAAUCUCAACACCACCACCACCACUGCCCUAAGUCACCAGAAUCCCAUCACCAGUACCAUUCCACCAAUACACCAAAAUACCACCACUGCCCUAAAUCACCAGACUACCAUCACAAGUACCACUCCACCAAUCCGCCAGAAUGUAAACACGACCACCACCACCAGGUCUAGAGUGUGUAGGGGUCACUCCAGAAAAACCUGCUUGAUAUGCCCAGUCAGACAUCAGAGUUCUGCCGCUAACAACACUCCCACUACCACCAAUACCAACCCUCGGCCGUACACGCAAACCACCACAGUGAACCACAGGAAUAACACUCAGCCGUACAUGCGGGUUGCCAUUCCGCUGACUAGUCCAGAGCACCAGUCAACUCAUCCAAAAAGACAGUCUGUUACUACCACUACCAACAACAACAACAAUGACAACAGCAGCAAUACUCCGCUGUCCCAAGAAAAGAUUAUGGGUGGAAAACAAGCCCCACUCAAUUUGACAGGAAAACAACCCCCACUCAGUUUGACAGGAAAACAACCUCCACUCAAUUUGACAGGAAAACAACCUCCACUCAAUUUGACAGGAAAACAACCUCCACUCAAUUUGACAGGAAAACAACCUCCACUCAAUUUGACAGGAAAACAACCUCCACUCAAUUUGACAGGAAAACCUCCACUCAAUUUGACAGAAAAACAACCUCCGCUCAACUUGACAAGCCUCCCAUCUCCACCCCCACAGAAGAUUACGAGCGGAAAACAACCUCCACUCACUUUGACAGGAAAACACCCUCCGCUCAACGUUACCACCCUCCCAUCAUCACCCCCAGAGAAGAUUACGAGCGGAAAACAACCUCCACUCAAUUUGACAGGAAAACAACCUCCGCUCAACUUGACAAGCCUCCCAUCUCCACCCCCACAGAAGAUUACGAGCGGAAAACAACCUCCGCUCAACUUGACAAGCCUCCCAUCUUCACCCCCAGAGAAGAUUACGAGCGGAAAACAACCUCCCCUCAACUUGACAAGCCUCCCAUCUUCACCCCCACAGAAGAUUACGAGCGGAAAACAACCUCCCCUCAACUUGACAAGCCUCCCAUCUUCACCCCCACAGAAGAUUACGAGCGGAAAACAACCUCCACUCAACUUGACCGCUCUCCCAUCUCCACCCCCGACGGAGACUAUCUGUGCCAACAACUGUAUCCCUCAUCGGCACUUUCAUCUGAACCGCACGCCACCACAGACUCAACCCACAUCAUCGGUGCUGCAACCCUCACCACCUAAACCAUCCACCCCGCCCUUUUCUAACACCAAAGCUAUUAAAGAUCAGAUCAUAAAGAGAUAUCCACCACCAAAGGCCAGUAGCUCUAGUAUUGGAGGGAAUGUGGUUAAGGAAGGAAAUUUGACUUCUGAUGAUCAACAACAUGGUGCUAUUUCCCGGCCUUCUGAGCCUCAAAGUUCUCCUAUUUCUCGGCCUUCUGAGCUUCAAAGUUCUCCUAUUUCUCGGCCUUCUGAGCUUCAAAGUUCUCCUAUUUCUCGGCCUUCUGAGCUUCAAAGUUCUCCUAUUUCUCGGCCUUCUGAGCUUCAAAGUUCUCCUAUUUCUCGGCCUUCUGAGCUUCAAAGUUCUCCUAUUUCUCGGCCUUCUGAGCUUCAAAGUUCUCCUAUUUCUCGGCCUUCUGAGCCUUCUAGUUCUCCUAUUUCUCGGCCUUCUGAGCUUCAAAGUUCUCCUAUUUCUCGGCCUUCUGAGCCUCAAAGUUCUCCUAUUUCUCGGCCUUCUGAGCUUCAAAGUUCUCCUAUUUCUCGGCCUUCUGAGCUUCAAAGUUCUCCUAUUUCUCGGCCUUCUGAGCCUCAAAGUUCUCCUGCUUCUACUUCUGACAGCUUGCCUGCUUUCUCCUGCGAAUUCUGUAACCAAUCCAUCGUCAACUGUCAUGAACUUAAGUCUCUGUACAGCUACGCCUUCGAGCUACGGACCUGCCAGACUAGCCCGACCCACCGCCAUCUCUUCUCCUACUGGUCGACGGACCCCUACCACUACCUGACCUCCAACCUGACCCGUGACCUGCUCAUACGGCAGUUCUAUGGCCAUUUCCUCCUCAUUCGAUUCCCCGCUCAGCCCUGCCCUGAGGAAUGCCCCGAGUGCUUUACCCCUAUGUGCCCCUCUCGCUGUGUCUAUUCCACCCUCAACGGCCUCGUCACCUACCGAUGUCCGGACUGUGGGCUCAUCGUCUACUUUGUGACGGAAAAUUGUGAAGUGGUGUUUUUGUCGUCAUGA